CGGCGCCCCCUCCCCACGCGCCGUCACCUCCGCGGUAACCCGCAUCCUCGCCGCGCACCCCGGGCCCUUCCGCUGCGUCCACCUCACCUGCAGCAACAUGGACGAGCACCGGAUCGAGCUGGAGCGCUGGCUCGUCCUCCUCGCCGCCAAGGGCGUCCAAGACCUCACCUUUGUCAACCGUCCGUAUCCCCUUGACCUGCGCCUCCCUGCCACGCUCUUCAGCUGCGCCUCUCUCACCCGCUGACCCGCCUCUACAUUGGCGUCUGGAGGUUCCCGGACACUGCCGCCGUCCCGCGCGCCGCUACCUUCCUCAACCUCCGGGAGCUCGGCCUCUGCCUCACUGCCAUGGAGGACCGUGACCUCGCCUUCAUGCUGGAAAGAAGCCCCGUCUUGGAGUUCCUCACCAUCGUGGGAAGCCAGACUGGAGUGCGUCUUCGCCUCCUCAGCCACAGCCUGCGGUGCGUUCAGCUGGGGCAUACCUACUUGGAGGACAUCGAUGUGGUGGAUGCUCCUCGCCUGGAGAGGCUCUUUCAGUGGACGACUUUUGGCGCCCCGGCUACGCUCAGGAGCCGAUCCUCCAGGAUCAAGAUUGGUCAUGCACCGAACCUGCGGGUGCUGGGAUACCUUCAGCCAGGAGAGCAGGAGAUGGAGAUUAGCAACACCGUCAUUGUGGCUGGUAACAAGGUGAACAUUGUCCCCAGUGUCCAGAUCUUGGCCAUAGAGGUCCAAUUCGGAGUUCGCAAUGUUAUCAAGAAGGUGCCUGGCUUCCUCAGAUGUUUUCACAACCUGCACACGCUCCAUGUCCUGUCCGAUAAACAUGAGAAGCCCACUGGCAAGGUCAAUCUCAAGUUCUGGCAUGAUAGUGGCCUUACAUGUGUCUUGACCAUGAAGGUGUUUUUCUAUGAAUUCCGAGGGUCAAGAAGCGAGGUCGCUUUCCUCAAGUUCAUUGCUGAGAGAGCUCGGGUGCUGGAAAAGAUGGUGGUUGUGGUGGCCAGUAAAUAUUUCUCUUCAGGGGAUGAUGUGAAUGCCAAACUGAAGCCUCUGACCAGUGCAAAAUGGAACAGUAAAGCUUGCAAACUUCAACUCUUCAAGAGCCCACUCACUGAUGGGGGGUCUACACUUCACAACCCAGUGGCAUCUGAUUUUUCGUUUGCUGACCCUUUUGACCUCAUGUACUAUGAAGAAUCUCUGUAAGUGUGGUUAAUUAGUAGCACCGAGCCUUGUCUAGCUGCUACCUAGACAUUCUGUCGUCAUACUUGUCAGCAGCUAAUCAUGUCCUAUGUGACUGGAUUUCAUGUGGUUGUUCUAGCAAGCUGGGCCAUGUUUUCAGUGAUAUUAUAUCACACAAUGUGUGUUUGUUAAGUCUUUAUGUCUUAUGUGGAUGGUUGCUUUUGGGAAGCUGGAAGUAGCUGAAUUGGUAAAAUUUGUUUCAUAUCAUUCAUACCAUUUCCCUUGAAGUAUGUAAGCUUUCGAAGCAUGUUCUAUCUAUAGCUAAUUUUACGAUUUA